GGGUUCCUCUUUGCGUUCAACUUUGCCAUCUCGACGCUCGUGGUCGCCUGUCCGUGCGCUUUGGGUCUGGCGACGCCGACGGCCGUCAUGGUCGGCACGGGUGUGGGCGCGACGCAUGGCAUCCUCAUCAAAGGCGGCGAGCCGCUCGAGGUCGCGCACAAGGUGAACACGGUGUUGUUUGACAAGACGGGGACGUUGACGAACGGGACGCCGAGCGUGACGGACGUGAUUGUGCUGAGCAAAGAGUGGACGUCGGACGCCCUGAUGUGGCUGGCGGCGUCGGCGGAGCUCGGUAGCGAGCACACGUUGGGUCGUGCGAUCGUGAACCGCGGCAAGCUGCUGGCCAAGCCAUUGGAGCAGCCCGAGGCGUUCACCGCCGUCUCGGGCAAGGGUAUCUCGGUCGAGCUCUCCAAGGCAGUCGUUCAUCUCGGCAACCUCGACUACAUGGAAGACUGUGGCAUGGCGGUCCCCGCGGCUGUCGCGAACCAUCGUCUUCGUCUGGAAGAAGCCGGCAAGACCGUCAUCUACAUGGGGAUCUGUGACUCGGUCGUUGCGCUCAUUGGCAUCUCGGAUGCGCCGCGCCCCGAGGCCAAGCAGACGAUCGCACACCUCCAUGCGCUCGGCCUCGACGUCUACAUGGUCACGGGCGACAACCGUCGCACCGCGCACUGGGUCGCCGCCCAAAUCGGUUUGCCCAGCCACCACGUCAUGGCCGAGGUGCUCCCGGCCAACAAAACCGCCAAAGUCCAAGAGCUCCAGGCCCAAGGUCGUAUCGUGGCCAUGGUGGGCGACGGUAUCAACGACGCGCCGGCGCUGGCGCAAGCCGACCUCGGCGUCGCGAUCGGCGCUGGCACGGACAUUGCGAUCGAGACGGCGCAGAUGGUGCUCAUGAAGUCCAAGCUCCAAGACGUCGUGACGGCGCUGGACCUGUCGCGGACGAUCUACCGGCGCAUCCAGCUCAACUUUGUGUGGGCGAUGGGGUACAACUUGGUGUUGCUGCCGUUGUCGGCCGGCGUUCUGUACCAUUGGAGCGUGUCGAUCCCGCCCAUGUUUGCGGGCGCGGCCAUGGCGUUCUCGUCCGUCUCGGUCGUCACGUCGUCGUUGCUGCUCAAGUGGUACACGCCGCCCAAUAUGACGACGCUGCCGCCGCCGACACCCCGCAAGGUCGACGAAAAGUCGCCGCUGCUGCAAGUCUAGUAACCUACCAAUAUGUCAUUCACGGUGGAGCAUGA